CUUAGGACAGAAUCAUGACAUGAGAGGAAGGGUAAAGAAAAAAUAAAAAAUAAAAAAUAAAAAUAAAAAUAAAAUGAAAAAUGAGAAGAGGGGAAAUUCACUUGUUGGGAAGGGAGACAAAGAGGUCAGUGACACAAACACAAGGCCACAGGCCUUUUCUUUUGUUUUUCCUUUUGGAAAAGCAAACCAAAGUAACCAAAACUAUCAUCCUUUAGAUUCUUCUUCUUCUUCUUCUUCUUCUUCUUUCUCACAAGUUUAUGCUUUUAUUCUCUCUCUCUCUCUCUCUCUCUCUCUCUCUCUCUAGAUUAAUAUUAGCAGGCUGUGUUAGAGGAAGAAUCUCUUGGGGCUUUGGCAUGGACCAGCAUUAGCAGACUUCUGUAUUUUUUUUUUUCCUGGUCAGACAUUGUUUUAUCAUCUAGUAACAUAAUCCCAACACAAUGACGAAGGUAAGUCCCGAAGUUGACGCGAUGGAUAUGGAUGCAGUUCUGCCAGUAUCUGCUGAUGUGAGCUUCAAAUCCAAUCACUUUCCAAAGUACAAACUGGGAGCCGAUAAUCAGAUUCUAGAAGAGCCAAAGGAGGACAACAAUGGUCCAUCUUUGAAGGAGGUUGUUGAACAGGAAACGACCCAGCUGUCGGAGCAACACAAGCGUCUAUCGGUUCGCGACCUUGCCUGCAAAUUUGACAAGAACUUGACUGCUGCUGCUAAGUUGUCUGAAGAGGCAAAGCUUAGGGAAGUGGCCUCAUUGGAGGGACAUGUUCUUUUGAAGAAGCUUAGAGAUGCACUGGAACAUCUAAGAGGCCGUAUGGCAGGGCGUAAUAAAGAGGAUGUGGAGAAAGCUAUCUCUAUGGUUGAAGCUUUAGCUGUUAAGUUGACUCAAAAUGAGGGAGAAUUGAUUCAGGAGAAGUUUGAAGUAAAAAAGCUAGCAAACUUUCUUAAACAGGCUUCUGAAGAUGCUAAAAAGUUGGUUAACCAAGAGAAAUCUUUUGCUUGUGCUGAAAUUGAGAGUGCAAGAGCUGUAGUCCAGAGAAUUGGAGAAGCACUUGACGAGCAAGAUAGAAUUUCACAAGCUUCUAAAGAGCAAUCUCCUGAUGUUGAGGGGCUACUAGAGGAGGUUCAGGAGGCUAGAAGAAUUAAAUUGUUGCACCAGCCAAGCAAGAUGAUGGAGAUGGAACAUGAACUUCGCGCACUACGAACUCAAAUUAGAGAGAAAUUUAUGUUUUCAGUCAAGCUACAGAAAGAGCUGGCAAUAAGCAAGAGAGCUGAAGAGAACAAAUCUCGUUUAUAUAUGUUAGAUGGUUCGGCAAUGCUAGGUUCAUAUCUUCGAAUCCAGGUGUCCUCUGAUGAGGCUCCACAGCUUUCAAAAUGUUCAAUUCAGUGGUAUCGCGUGUCACUUGAAUGCAACAGAGACGAAGUGAUUUCAGGUGCCAACAAACCAGUUUAUGCGCCCGAACCAUUGGACGUAGGACGAAUCUUACAAGCAGACAUUUGCUUUAAUGGCCAGAAAGCCUCAGUAAUGACUCCUGGCCCCAUUGAUCCUGCUGCAGGACUUGGAAGUCAUGUAGAGACACUGAUGAGAAAAUCUAACAGCGAAUUUAAUGUAGUUAUCUCAAAAAUGAAUGGACAGGACUAUUCAUCACAUUCCGUUCAUGCAUUUCAUGUGGGAAAGAUGAGAAUGAAGCUUUGUCGAGGAUGGAUCACAAAGGCUAGAGAAAUUUAUUCCUCAUCAAUGCAGCUAUGUGGCUAUAGAGGUGAGAGCAAUACUGCAGCGAAGGCGUUGUUUUGGCAAGCCAGGAAGGGCCUCUCGUUUGUCUUAACAUUUGAGUCGGAGCGAGAUAGGAAUGCGGCAAUUACGCUUGCCCGGAAAUACGCCCACGAUUGCAACGUCACGCUUGCUGGACCGGAUGAUCAAGUAUAGAAAGUAAACUUAACUGACAAAGUUUUCACGAAAUGUGAGUGUACAAUCAGGUUUUUUUUUUUACAGUGUGAGUAAUAUGUAUGCAUGUGUGUCUGUCAUGAUUUAAAAAAGAAAAUUAAACAAAGAAAAAAAAAGGUGUAUGCUAUAGUGAUUUGGGUUUUCCACUAAUCUUUUGGUUGUGUUUUAGGCAUUGUUUUUUUCGUUUGCCUAAUCAUCCGUUGUAACGAAUUGCCGAUUUAUAAUUAAUUUGUUCUUUGUGGCUGAUUUGCAUA